AUGGACGCGUCGGCACAGCAUCACUCUUUGGAGCUAGACCAGGUCACGUGCCCCCAUUACUACCACUGUGUGUUGCACGACGUUCCGUUUCAUCUCCCCGUCAGGGAAAUUGCAGCACGGGUGGUGCCCAACAAGGACUCCGACCUAGUGCAGCGCCUCGCAGGUGCCGGCUGCCGCAUUGUCCCGCACCAGCUGCACAUGUACAAGGAACCACUGGAGAAGAAGUUUGGUUACGUUUCUUUCUUUAUUCGACAAGAGCUGCACUCCACGACAGACGCCGAUUACGUUCACCGUCUUGUGUGCGAAUGGAUUGCCGUCGACCUCGCCUCUCAGCUGGCUACAACGCAAUGCAAAGUGCAGCUCUCCCAGCCGCCGGAGUGUCAUUCGUCGGAGUCGUUUCUGAAUACGUUCCGCCGAAGGUGCCCUCUGCUUGAUCCCAAGCUGGUAUCAGACCCCAUGAAACUGGAGACGUUUAUACUGACCCGCGUGCGUUUUGCUCAGCACCGCGGUAAUGCGUCGAUCAAUGAGUUGAAUGCUAUGCACUGCGACAGCGCAAAGGUCGCCACUUCGGUCGACCGUCGGGGCACUGAGACAGGAAGCAGCAUGAAUGGCGGGUUGACGGGUACGGAAAGUGAAACAGACAGUGGUGUGCACAGUGCAACUCGCACACGGGACGAACAUGUGUGGAAGUGCGUCGGCACCUUCUCAAUUGCUGCUCUGUCGUCCAAGGAGAUCGUAUGGUUGAAGAAGCAGAUCCCUUCCUUUUCACCGCUGCUAAUCACGAACGGUGAUGAUAACACGACCCACUGCGAUGAGGUGAAGCUGGCUCAGUUUUUUGAGGCCUCGCUCACUCCUCUCUUUACCGUGGAAAAGGUGAAAAGGGAAGCAGGCGUAGCUACCGUGAGCUCUGAGACAUGA